CCCUUGUGAUUGUGACACUGACACUAGUAGCACAAUAGUUUGGCCACAAACUUCGAUGCUCCAAAGUACAAACAGAUAAACAAAGAAUUGGGUUGGAACUUGGAAGAGAAUUGAAGAAAAUGGGUAAUAUUGGAAGCAUGAGGAGGAGGAGGCACCACCCCACUUCACAACCACAACCACAACCACAACCACAAGGAACAAACACAAACACAAACUACUACUCCUUUGCACCACCUCCUCCUAACUACCCCAACACACUUCUUCCUCCCUAUCACCACUACCCUCAAUCCUUUCCACCACCUUCCCUUCUCCAUCACAAAGCUAUCACCAUUAGGAAUGAUGUCAAUAUCAAGAAGGACACUCUUCGCAUCCACCCUGAUCAUCACAAUCCUCACCAUUUUCUUCUCACUUUCACCUUUGAUGCCACUGCUCCUGGAUGUAUUACAGUGAUGUUUUUUGCCAAGGAAACUUUAGAUGGUAAGCUGAUAGCUGUAGAGAAAAGCUUGGUGAAUCAGAUCUCAAUGCCUUUUCAGCAAGGUCUUUGUCAGAAGUUCAGACAACCUUCUGGAACUGGCAUUGAAAUGUCGAUGUUAGAGGAGACAGGACUAACCAAAGAAGGUGAUGCAGAAGUUUAUCCUCUUGUGCUCAAGGCUGAGGCUCGACCGUUAAACCGUUAUGAAAAUGAGGGAAACGUGUCUUCUCAAAUUACUUUGGCUAGUUUUGAGAAGAGACAAAGAGGUGAGUACAAGGUCCAAGUGGUGAAACAGGUUCUCUGGGUCAACGGGAAAAGGUAUGAACUGCAGGAGAUAUAUGGCAAUGGGAAUGUUAGUGAUGGUGAUGGCCAUGAAUCUGGUGGAGAUUGCGUGAUUUGUUUGUCAGAACCACGAGACAUAACUGUGCUUCCUUGCCGACACAUGUGCAUGUGUAGUGGCUGUGCCAAUCUUCUGAAAGUUCAUACAGCCAACUGUCCCAUCUGUCGGCAUCCAGUUGAGAGGCUUUUGGAAAUUGAAGUUAAGUAAACAAUAGAUAUGGUGAUCAAUGAAGGUCUACAUUCAACAGAAUGUUACUUCUUUUUCUUAUCCGCUUUCCACAUGCAACCAAAACUAUCUUGCCAUAUACUUGUAUAACUGAAAUUUCCUGGAUUUGCUUUUGUAACAGUUAUGGACCAGAGAAAAACAAAAAAAAAAAACACAGCAUAUUUUCCAUUUUACUAUUUUAGUAGCUACGAUGGACGUAAUUUCAAAACUUAUGGGGUAGACAAAAAGAGUAAU